AUGGACACAUCUUCCACUCCGCCCAAGUCCGCAGGGCUACAAGACUACCCACCAUUACCUGAACCUGGUCCUCCAGAAGACUCAGACCUGGCUCUCCUGAAUUUCUCAGAGAGAGAACGCCUUUCUAGGUCGUGGCACGCUCGCCUUUUCACUAGGCGCUCAACGGGUGUAACGCUUCUUGAAAGGCGUAGCAGUGUACUCAGCGAAGACUCGGACGAAACCAGCUCCCAUGCGUCUGCCUCCAAUCGUGAUGUACAAAGGGAGGCUCUCGGUGGUGCCGAAACAGCGGAUGACAGUCACACACAACGUAUCGAGAGCUCCUCUAUAGAAAUACGCGUCGGCCAAUCUACAGACACCGGUCGCAUUUCGUUGCGUGAAGGUGACGUUGAAGAUCCUACAAAGGACCAACAUUUAUACCGCUGGGUAAUGGUCUACGAAAACCAGAGAGGUAUAUCAAUAUUCUCUGCACGUCGCUAUUCAACCCAGUCUUUGCUACCACGCGACCCUCCCCCUUUCUCGUUAGUAGCUCCUGGAUCGUCAUUGAUUGAAGGCCGCCCUGUCAGGAAGUCACAGCAACCGGACAUCUCUCUUGACGAUUUCCCUCUUCCCGACGGCAACUGGAGAUGGGCAAGUAAAGAGUGGAUGGUUGACAUGCGUGAAGAGACUGUACAACACGACGGUUUUGAGUAUAACUGGUUCUUCCGAUCCAAGGGAUGGCGUCCAAAGGCAGGACGUUUCAAUGGUGGAGCUUGGGUGCGAAGACGACGGUGGUUACGCCUCAUGGAACGGCCUCCUAUACGUGCAAUACAAGAGGGUGAAAUUAAGAUAUAUGCAGCCCAGACGAUCCUACAGACUUCGUUGCGAAUAGACGAGGUCUUCCGCGGAGACGAAGAGGACUGGCCUCGUGCACACAGAACAUUGCGCGAGCUCGGCCGCGACGGCCGGAAACUAGAAGUUUGGAAGGGUUGGAUUACUACUUCCAAAUCAAAAGAAAGUGAAGACCAAUAUAUCGUACGAGCCAAGGAGGCAAUUGCUAAAGCGAUUCGAGAUCACAUGGAUGAAUUACUACGCUCUUUUGUCUUCCCUCAGUCCCGGAUUGAAUUUCUUGAGAUGGUGACAGAAGGAGGCCUUUUAUCUGAGUCCGAUGUCCUUGGGUUAAGCUCUUGCUCACCAUGUUUUGUUGACCAUUCUCACCUCGAGGAAGUAUUACCAAGUAAAACAUCGGCUUGA